AUGCAAGGCAAGACAACAUAUCCACCGGGGUUUUCUCAACAACCACCAAGAGUGCAACAACCUUCUCCGCCUCAAGCAUCUCAAUCAAGCUCUUUGGAGAGUUUAAUGAAAGACUAUAUGGCCAAGAAUGAUGCUGUGAUUCAGAGCCAAGUAGCCUCCUUGAGAAACCUUGAGAUUCAAAUGGGGCAAUUGGCUAAUGAAUUGAGGAAUAGACCGCAAGGCACCUUGCCAAGUGACACUGAAAAUCCAAGGAGGGAUGGCAAGGAGCAAUGCAAAGUGGUGACUUUGAGGAGUGGGAAAAAUCUUGAGUUACAUGAGGAGAAAGAUAAGCGAAAAAACGAGCCCACUUCAAUCCAAAUUGGUGAAGAGAAGAGGGAAAACUCAGCAAGUUCAGCUGCUGAAAUUACCCAGAAUGCUACAGCAUCAGUUCAGCAAUCUGCGGCAGAAAAGUGUUUGAGCAAGCCACCUCCACCAUUUCCUCAAAGAUUUCAAAAACAACAACAAGAUGGCCAAUUCCGAAGGUUUUUAGACGUUUUGAAGCAACUCCAUAUCAAUAUACCACUAGUGGAGGCCUUGGAGCAAAUGCCAAAUUAUGCAAAGUUUUUUAAGAACAUUUUGACUAAGAAAAGGAGACUUGGUGAGUUUGAAACGGUGGCCAUGUUGAAGAGUAAAAUUCCUCCUAAGUUGAGGGAUCCGGGUAUCUUUACAAUUCCUUGCUCUAUUGGUGGAAGAGAUGUGGGUAGAGCUUUAUGUGAUUUGGGAGCUAGUAUUAACUUAAUGCCUAUGUCUAUUUUUAAGAAGUUGGGAAUUGGAGAAGCGAGGCCAACUACAGUCACUUUGCAAUUGGCAGAUCUUUCUAUGGCGCACCCGGAAGGAAAAAUUGAAGAUGUUCUAGUGCAAGUUGAUAAGUUCAUUUUUCCGGCCGAUUUCAUCAUUCUUGAUUAUGAAGUGGAUAGAGAUGUUCCUAUUAUCUUGGGUAGGCCAUUUCUAGCUACUGGGAGGACCUUGAUUGACGUGGAAAAAGGGGAGCUCACAAUGAGAGCUCAAGAAGAACAAGUAACUUUCAAGGUAUUCAAUCCUAUACGUUCUCCAGAUGAAGUAGGAGAUUGUUUUGCCAUCACUAUCAAGAACUCUAAUAUGGAGGAAGAGGUACCCACAAGGUAUAACAAGAAAGUGAGGAUGAGGCUAUCUCUUAAAGAAUUGGAGAGCAACAAUGAGCUAGGGGCAAGUAUAAACAAGGCACCGUCUCAUUUGCAAGAGCCACAUAGAAAGAAGAAAAAGAAGUGUGGUAGGAAAGCUCAUUCCCAAAGGUUUGAAGAAGGACAACGAGUUUUGCUCUUUAACUCGCGGCUGAAGUUAUUUCCUGGUAAAUUGAAAUCCAGGUGGUCGGGGCCAUUCACAAUAAUCAAGGUGUAUCCUCAUGGGGCUGUUGAAGUAAGGGAAGAUCAGUCCGGUAGAGAGUUUAAAGUGAAUGGCCAGCAACUUAAGCACUAUUGGGAAGGAGAGGUCAACCGAGCGAAGACCUCCAUUACUUUGGAGGAUGCAUGA